CACUCGGACAGAUACUUCACCCCAUACACCCUUGUCCCUCAUUCACCAUCUCCUAUCAAUCUCAUCAUCAAUCUCACAUUACCCCCCUCGCUCAUUCACACCAACAAGCACAAGGCGCGACUCGCCUCACCCUCUGUAGCCUGCGUCACCUUAGCCAUUCCCCCUGAAUCCCCAGUCUUUCAGAGGCACCAAAUAGCACCACUGCCACUCCCCCUUUCCGCCUACAGUCUCAGCAUUGCAUAGACGAACACGCAGCUACUCAUUCAUGUCCUCCUCUAGCCUCAGCGAUAUCGACGACGUUCUGGACGCCGAAGAUACAAUGGACGAAGAUAGCGACGCAUUCUACGCAGACGACGAUGAAGAAGAAGACGCGGAGUCAGAUGUCAUGCUCGGUGGAGAUGCCGAUGACGAUGAAGCAGGGUUCGACGCUGCUGGCGACGAAGCGUUCUCUCAUGAUACGUCUGGAAAGGGCAAGCGCAAGGCUCACGAAGUCGAGUUCACAUGCCUAGAUCUGGCUGCUCUGCAGCAGCAACAGAAGAAGGAGGUGGACCAUGUAGCAGGCAUGUUCGUCGUCAGAGAUACCGACGCAGCCAUCCUGCUGCGCCACUUUGGUUGGAACAAGGAGCGACUCAUCGAACGCUACAUGGACGACCCUGAUGCUGUCAAAAUAGAGGCAGGUGUAAUCGAUGAUCCUACUCGGCCUCGUCUACUGCCAUCGGCGGACUUCACCUGUUCGAUUUGCUACCUAUCCUCGGAGGAUGAGAAUAGCGGGCGCAUGGAGACUCUCGCCUUGGGUUGUGGUCACCGCUUUUGUAGCGACUGCUACCGGCAUUACAUAGAGCAGAAGGUCAAGGAGGAAGGCGAGAGCAGGAGGGUGCAGUGCAUGCAGGAGAAAUGCAAGCUGGUUGUGGACGAGAAGACGGUGAAGAUGCUGGUGGCCCCAGCCAUUUACGAAAAGUACAAGGAUCUCCUCGAUCGAACCUACGUCGAUGACUCGCAGCUGUUCCGUUGGUGCCCUGCGCCCAAUUGCCAAAAUGCGAUCGAGUGUCACGUGUCCAGCAAGAAGCUCAAGACGGUGGUACCUUCAGUACGUUGCGAUUGUGGGAAUGCCUUCUGCUUUGGUUGUGGGCAAGCUGCGCAUGCGCCAGCUAUCUGUCCCGUCGUCAAGCUCUGGAUCAAGAAGUGUGAGGACGACUCGGAAACUGCAAAUUGGAUCCAGGCCAAUACCAAGGAAUGUCCAGAGUGCGCCUCGACAAUCGAGAAGAACGGUGGCUGCAAUCACAUGACGUGCAAGAGAUGCAGAUACGAGUGGUGCUGGGUCUGCGAGGGGAAGUGGAGCGAUCAUGGUACUAGCUGGUUCAAUUGCAACCGGUUCGAUGAGAAGAAUGUGGCCAAUAGCAAGGACAACCAGGCCAAGAGCAGGGCCAGCUUGGAGAGAUACCUUCACUACUUCAACCGUUUUGCUAAUCAUGAACAAUCAGCAAAGUUAGACCGCGAUCUCUAUUCCAAGACGGAAAAGAAGAUGGAGAAGCUGCAGCAUACGACCAAUCUGACCUGGAUCGAGGUGCAAUUCCUCAAGAAGGCUGUGGACACCUUGACCGAGUGCAGGAUGACCUUGAAGUGGACCUACUGCAUGGCCUUCUACUUGAAGCGCAACAACAUGACAGAAUUGUUCGAAGACAAUCAGCGAGAUCUGGAGAGCGCUACAGAGAAUCUCAGCGAACAGUUGGAGGCUGAGAUCGAGCCUGAGACAAUCCCAACUCUGAGACAGAAGGUGACCGACUUGACGGUCUACGUCUCUCGUAGGCGCGAGAUUCUGCUGAGUGACACAGCGCAAGGCUUCGAGGAGGGUCGCUGGGAGUGGAACCAAUCCUUCUAAGAGGGCGCUACUCUAAGCGCAUUCAGCAUUUGGGAUUCACCAAGUGCCAAAGCGUAUGUCUCUGAGCGAGACCGGAUGUUGGUCACCUGACAUCACCUUUGUACCAUUCUGACCAUAGAGCGAUUCGUCCUCCCUACCUGUGUAUUGUCCUCACCCUCCCCCAGCCCCGUCAUCUGUACAUUCUAGAGUCAUCCAGUCCCUCUCCUUUCACAUCUGCUCGCCACCUCAAGCACACAUGUCAUGGCCGACAACCGUCCGUCCUUGCGUCCCUCCAUACAUGCGUAGUCACCCCUAUUUGUGAUCCCCUACGUGCAUCGAUUGAGUGAGUGAGUGAGUGAGCAGUGCUUGUCUACAUCGACGACGAUCACAAGUGGAGGGACGGACACCCAACCACGGAAGCGCCACCUCUUUCCACUCUCUGUUUCCUUGCUGUUGCAACUCCUUUGCCCUGCUCCCCCUCUUCCCUAAGUAAAGCCGAG